CCCAGUUGAUCCGACAUCCUCUCCUCACCAAUGGCCGGCUCGACUCUGACUCCGGCCUGCAUGAGAACAUGGCAACUGACCAUCAGAAUGCUUCUCCAGCGUGGAUGAGACUCUGACCCGGGAUCGGCGUGUUGUUGACAGUAAGAUGGGCAAACGCGGGCGAGGUGGUUCGAUGGGUGGAAUGAAGAGCCCGCCAGAGACAAGCGACUGCACAACGGUUUGGAGACGAUCAUGGGGAAUGCAGAGAAAUGUAUAAAGCACUCGACUGUCUUCCGGUUUGCGACGAUUCUCUCAAAACCAUCUCCAAGCCUCCAGCUCAGCGCAACCCCAUCAGCCAAGCAACUCAGCACACUUCACCGCAACCACUUCCCAGCGCACCACUUCCACUGCUCUUAGCAACAACCACCACAAGUCUUUGACAAUGCAGCUCUCCCUCCUCGUCCUCUCCCUCGUGGCCGCUGUGCCCAUGGCCAGCGCGUACCCGGUCAAGGCCGACACUCUCAACUGCCGCUCCGGCCCGGGCACCAGUUACAAGGUCAUCAAGACCUACAAGAAGGGCACCGAUCUCAAGAUCACCUGCCAGACGCCCGGCACCUCGGUCAACGGCGACAACCUGUGGGACAAGACCUCGGACGGCUGCUACGUGGCCGAUUACUACGUCAAGACCGGCACCUCCGGCUACGUCACGGCCCAUUGCGAUGCCGGCAGCGGCAGCGGCAGCAGCGGCGGCGGCAACCUGCCAGGACUCAACUCGGUCCAGUCCUCGCACGCCCGGGCCAUCAUCGGCGAGGCGAAGAAGGAGGGCGUCGGCCGCCACGGCUGCGAGGCCGGCAUCGCGACCGCGCUUGUCGAGUCCAACAUCCUGAUCUACGCCAACAAGGCGGUCCCGGCCUCGCUCAAGUACCCGCACGACGCGGUGGGCUCGGACCACGACAGCGUCGGCAUCUUCCAGCAGCGCGCCAAGUACUACCCCAACAUCGCGGCCGACAUGGACCCGGCGCGCUCGGCCGCCCAGUUCUUCGCCAAGAUGAAGGGCAUCAAGGGCUGGCAGAGCAUGGCCGUCGGCACGCUCUGCCAGAAGGUCCAGGGCUCCGCGUACCCGGACCGCUAUGCCAAGCGGGUCUCGGAGGCGACCAAGAUUUGCCAGGCUGGUGGGUUGUAACUUUAGGAACGGGGUGGUUGUCUCUUUCAUAGCUGUUUUGUCUGUUCGGCAUUUCACGGGCGGGUUGGUUUGCGUGUUUUGGUUUCUUGGGCUGAAUUCUCACUUAUCAUUCUCUGUACCCUUUUGCCGUCAUUCUUUCGGGUAAAUAUCUUGGUCAGGGAAAAUAGAGACUCAUUUCUUGCCGGAAUGAAAACCUUCACUGAGAUGGGCCGAUAUGGAUGGCAUGGCCGUGACAUACCCAUCCUCGUGCCGGUGCCGAUGACACUGUGCGCUGAAGGUCUCACUCUCUCAACCAUCCCAAUUCUUUCCACUUAACCACAUUGCAGCACUCGGCUUCCAACGCCUGUCCGUCCAACUCAUCUCAGAAAGGCCACCCCUCGGCUUGCCA